AUGUCCUAUACUGAAGAGUCUGAAGAGCCGCCAUGGAAAGUACUUCGCAAACAUCAACGAAGGGAGACCAACAAGAAUAUCCACAAGGAUGAGAAGGCAACCAGCUCUGAUGGACUUCUUGACUACUACUCUGCAUGGGCACUUGCAGAUGAAGAGGAAGAGGCGUUCUACACCUGCUGGGAUGAAGCUGAGAAAAUGAAAUCCCAUGAAGACUAUGGAGGUGAGGUAGUUGAGUCAGAAAAUGAUGCACUUGACGACCAAACAAUCAGCAAGAAGUUGGCUGAAUCUCAGGCAGCUUGGGAGGCUCAAGAGACGCAAGAGCUGACUCCAGAACAAUUGUCGCAAACCCUGCUGGACAUUGCAGAGCCUUUGGAGGCAGCACCAAAAGACAAGAGUGCUGGAGAAGCGCAGCAAACACUAGACCCCCUUCAGCAAACACAUGGCAACACCUCAGCAGAAGGACGCACUCAAGACAGUGACGCAGGCAAGACUUUUUCUACAGCUCCAUGGCGGCAAGGCUCCAGUGAAGCUGCAUUACCACAAAGCUCCGGAAACUCAGACCAACCAGCACAAGAAUGGCAGAGUUCAUGGCAGGGUGGAAGCUGGUCGGAGGUUGCAGAGACACAGCAUGCAUGGCAAGAUGGCAGCUCAUGGUUGCAAAGUGACGAACACCAAGCAUGGCAAGCACAGCAAGAUGGCUGGUCGGAACACCAUGGUUUGCAAGAUGACAGCUCAUGGUGGCAGAGUGACGACACAGGCCAAACAGAGGAUGAUGGCAACUUGAAUGGCUAUGCUGAAGAGAUUGGUGAGAGGCAUGAUGUGGCUGCUGAAAUUGAAGGUGGCGUGGCUCGCAUGUUUUCGGUGAUACUGCAGGCUACAUUGCCUUUCUUUCGAGGAUACAUUUGGGGCGAUACUUUGAUUUACACAACUAUGCUUUAUUUUCUUGCAGACGAAGCUGCGUUGAAGAUGGCAAGUGAUGCUAAGGGAUCGUCUGGCUUUAAGCCAUGCAUCAAAUGCAACAAUUGCGUUGCCCGAGGCAAUGCCCUGGAUGGUUUUUAUUCAAUUGAAGAAGAUGAUUUUUUAAACUUUGUGAAUGCCCCAGACCCUGAUGUCAUUCAGAUUCAGCAGCACCUGGCACGAUUGUCCGAAGAGUCUACAAAGGCAAGGCUGCGUGAGGCUGAAAAAUUGUCAGGCUGGAACCUGAACCGAUCUAGCUGGAUGUGGUCUCCUGAUCUCUGGGCUUUGUUGAAGCCUAGCUGCUUUAUUUAUGACAGUAUGCAUGUCAUGUGGUCCAACGGAAUCUGUAAUCAAGAACUGGGCUACUUUUUUUCAGCUGCUUGUAGCAAAGCUGACUUGAAAAGAUCCCACUUGGAAGAGUUCAUGAAAGCCAACUGGGAGAGAUCUAUGAACAUUGGAAGCGAACUGGCGCCUUCAAGCUUACCAUCCUUGGUGAGCUCAAAACUUCUAAAGAGUGAUUGGCAAGAUUACCGAGGCGAUGCUACACAAACAUUGAUGUUGAUGCCAUUGAUGACCUACUUUGCCACCGCAUGUAUGGGUGGGCAUGAAUCGCUUCAAGCUGAGAUUGAGUCACUUGUGGCUCUCAAUGCAAUCGCCCACAAGCUUCUAGCUGCCAAGAUAAACCCUCAAAAGGCUCAGGGAUUGAUUGCUUUGCAACAGCGGCAUUUGCAAUCCUUCAGAGAAGCCUAUGGCCCCAGCUACAUCAGGCCAAAACAUCAUUAUGGAUUCCACAUUGAGGAGCAAGUGGUUUCGCUAGGACUGUUGACAGAUUGCUUUCCAACUGAGCGCAAGAACAAGAAGUUCAAAAGCUAUUUGGCUCCCAUGGUGAAAAGAUUGGAAGACUUUGAGCAGUCCAUCCUUUUGCGAUGGAUGGAACAAGACCUCAUGGAAUUGCAAAACCUGGACUUGACUUCAGGCUUGGAAGGGACAUCAGUGCAAGAGGGAGGGUACACUUUCUCUUCGUGUCUACGCCAUGGUCUCCUGAAGAUAAAGGCUGAUAAUCUGCUGUUUUUUGAAGAAGCUGAUGCCGCUUGCUUGGUUGUGUGUGCUAUCAAGCACAAGGAGACGCUCAAAGUGAUUGCCCGGUCUUUGUGCUUGGAUGAGCAUGGCCCCAACAAGUGUUGGUCUACAUGGACCAUGGAGGAUAAAUAUGUUUCUGUGCCUUUGCCUGAGGCAAUGAAUGCCACAAGAACAUCUUUCCAUUCCAUUUGUGACCGCAAAGUCGUCAUGCUUCGCUGA